AAAAUUUUUCUGUUUCAGAGAUAUUCAACUAACUAAAGAGAAUCACAAGCAAGUGGUGAACAAGAUUUGUUCCUACAUGGACAAUCUACCUUCAGACACUCUGCCGCCCUUGGUUCAUCAUCUACUUAAACUAUGCAAGCAGCAAAACUUAGAAAUAGUUCUGUGACACCUGAGUCACUACUUCAACAAGUUGUACGCCAAACUGCAACCACCAGCUCAAGACUCCGAGGCCACUAUAAUGGACGUUGAAGACAUCGUUCUGCACAGCGAGGACGAACUCAGGCGCUGCCAGUCCACUUGCUUGUACCACUUGUCUCAAGGAUUGGCGGAUCCGGAAUUAAUAAGGAAGCACAUGAAGCAGUGGCCUAAAAUACAGCUGUUCAGAGAACCGUUCCUCAUUAAUGUGGCACUUGCCGUGUCUGAUAAGGGAGCAGAUUUCGCCUCCGUCUGUUUAGAUGUAAUCAAAUCGGCAAUAGAGUUGACGCUUCAAGAUGAGCUCAGAAGAAAAGAAUCAGCGUGGGCCAUUUCUGUUCUUCCGUUAGAUUAUGCCGUCGCCAGCGUACUGAAAGCACUUGUCAUUGAAAGUACGAAUCACCGUCAGAUGACCGUUCUGGGUUUGAUCAAUUUGGUCUUCUCGCUGCUAUCAGUAUACCGCUUGAAGCCCACAGCGCCCCAGUGCUGGGCCCUCGGCCAGAUGCUGCUAGUCAAACUGUCCAAGACUCAACCGGAAACAGCUUCACACAUCCUCAGCCAGCUUGCAGACAAACUUUUUGGGGAUUCAACACAGAAUCAAUAUUCAGUUUCUAAAGCUCGUAUACCACACGGCUACUACGAAGUAAGGAAAAAUGGUUAA